GUUAAAGCUGUGUGCGGUCCUCUCUCGCUCCAGCAUCCUCCGUUGCCCCGGUAACGGGCCGCGUUGCAUCAGCAUCCGCAGCAUCCAGCGGCUUCUGUCAAGGUCGCCGUAGAGAGGCAUCAUGGGAAGGCGAGGAGGACGGGAGACAUUAAGGACGUGAGAGAGGUUCACGAUCCACGCCUCACUCCCUCCCGCCCUCCCUCUAUCUGCGCAUGCGCCCACAUUUUUUUCGUCAACUGAAUGAAUCCUGCAUCCAUAAUAGGACACCGACGCCGCGUUUUGCCUCCCGGGACGCGGUGAUGCGGUGAUGAUGCACAGCGGUCAUGAGUCUGCGCGUAAAAAUCGGAGGGGCGGAGUCACGUCACGGUAUCCCAGCGUUUCCAGUCUCUCAUUGGUGGAUCAGUUGGAAAAAAAAUAAAAACAAGGACGUGCGGGGACGUGCGGUUCUCCUCGCCGCUCCUGGAUGAUUCUAUAAGACAAGGAGGGAGGCUCCGCUGCUGCAAGAAAAAGAUCCGACCUCUGCAGCUCCGGGAAGGUUUUCUUUGUGCGCCUCCGCAGUCACGACAGCUUUCAGCGCCGGCGGGCGGGUCCUGCGAGCUUUAACAAGCACCUGAAGCUGCCCAGAUCCUCUCUUUGCCCUGUGAUCAUCUAACUACAACAUGGAGGGACAAGAGAAGCAGGUAACAGGUUACCUCCUGUUCUCUCUGGCCACCGCCGUCAUCGGCUCUCUGCAGUUCGGUUACAACACGGGAGUCAUCAACGCUCCAGAGCAGAAACUUCGAUCCUUCUUCAACAAUACCUGGAUGGAGCGUUACGGCGAGCCCAUCAGCCAGGGCGUCCAGACCAUCGUCUGGAGUGUUGCUGUGGCCAUCUUCAGUGUGGGCGGCAUGGUGGGCUCCUUCAGCGUCGGCGUCAUGGCCAACCGAUUUGGCAGGCGUCGCUCCAUGUUCCUGGUGAACUCCCUGGCCGUGAUCGGAGGCCUCCUCAUGGGCUUCUCCACCAUCUGCGCCUCCUAUGAGAUGGUGAUCGCCGGUCGCCUGGUCAUCGGCCUGUUCUGUGGCCUGUUUACCGGCCUGACUCCCAUGUAUGUGGGCGAGGUGUCGCCGACGCCACUCCGCGGAGCUUUCGGCACUCUGCACCAGCUCGGCGUGGUCGUGGGCAUCCUGAUCGCUCAGAUCUUCGGUCUGGAGGCUCUGCUGGGCUCAGACAAGCUGUGGCCCCUGCUGCUGGCCCUCACCGUGGCCCCCGCUGUGCUGCAGUGCAUCCUGCUGCCUUUCUGUCCCGAGAGCCCUCGAUUCCUGCUCAUCAACCUGAAACAGGAGGAGCAGGCACGCAAAGCGCUGGUGCGUCUGCGCGGCACUGAGGACGUGAGCAAAGACCUGCAGGAGAUGAAGGAGGAGAGCGCCAAGAUGGCCAUGGAGAAGAAGGUGACCAUCGCUGAGCUGUUCCGCUCGGCGGCGUACCGGCAGCCUCUCCUCAUCGCCGUCAUGCUGCAGCUCUCCCAGCAGCUGUCGGGAAUCAACGCUGUGUUUUACUACUCCACAGGGAUCUUUGACUCGGCUGGGGUCAAACAGCCCAUCUACGCCACCAUCGGAGCCGGCAUCGUCAACACCGUCUUCACCGUCGUCUCCCUCUUCCUGGUGGAGAAGGCGGGACGAAGGACGCUGCACCUGCUGGGGUUGGGUGGGAUGGCCAUCAGCGCUCUGCUCAUGACCGUCUCCCUGCUGCUGAAACACAUCCCCGUUAUGAGCUACAUGGCCAUCAUCGCUGUCAUGUUGUUUGUGGCUAUGUUUGAGUUGGGCCCCGGUCCAAUCCCGUGGUUCAUCGUGGCUGAGCUCUUCUCCCAGGGGCCCCGCCCGGCCGCCAUGGCCGUGGCCGGCUGCUGCAAUUGGACGGCCAACUUCCUGGUCGGAAUGAGCUUCCCCAAACUAGAGGAACUGUGCGGGCCCUGGGUCUUCCUCAUCUUCACCGCUUUCCUCCUCAUCUUCUUCAUCUUCACCUUCAUCAAAGUCCCAGAAACGAAGGGAAAAACCUUCGACGAGAUCGCCCGCAGCUUCGGCAGCGCUCCAGCCGCCGCCUCCUCGUCCACCGACGAGCCUCCUGCCACCGCCAGCACCGCCGUGACGCUUCCUGCCUCACCGGUGAAAGAGAAAGUCCCGUUGGUGGAGGCUCCAGCAGCAGCAGCUCCACCGGCAGCAGCAGCAGCUCCACCUCCUCCAACCGAGACCACACCUCUGGAACCAAAAACCGGUGUAGAGCAGGUGUAGAUGAAGGUUUAAUGAGUGCAGGAGGUUCUAAACGAAGGAAUAGUCACAGAGGUGUCAAAACACGGUAAAUUCUCACCAACUUGGAGCCACAGAAGCGAGUUAAUUUUACGUAGAAGAGAGUAACAGCGUCGUCCAUUUCUGUGGUUUGACCUUUUGGAAGGUCACGCUUUCCGCUUUCAUGGUCUUUAUUUUGUGUGAAAACUCAAACGAUUCCUUCCUUUAAAUCCUCCAUCGGUUUAAAUCUACUGUACAUUCCUCGGAAUUCAGCUGCACUCGUUAAAAGGGUGAGUCGCUUUCAACACAGGCCGUCAUCAGGGCGACACGCUUCUCGAAAACAGGCGAAAUGUUCGUUAUUGCAGAGGUGGAGCUUUUUCUGAACGUGUACAGGCGUCUCCAUAAACUUCUUCCACUGAGCGAGGUGACACAGAUAGUGACGAUCCACGUUUUUUAAAUUCACACAUUCCUGUUUUAAAGUGGAUAUUGUAGUGCAGUAUAACUUUCUAGCUGUAGUUUGUGUUCUGUUAGUUUUUUUAAAGUGUUCUCAUCAUGAUAACGUAUUACUUUUAAAUCAUGCUCUGCCUUCAGCUGAUGAUUAUGAGCUGAGAAACAUGAGAGCUUUUUAGAAAAUGCCAAAGUCCUGAACUUAAAUUAGCAACUUGUGUAACCUCAGAUGCGGUUGUUUAAAUGUCAGCUACAGGUCCUGCUAAAUUUAUUAGCUAACGCUGGAAUCCACCAGUAAAUCUUUGUUUAGUUGGGGUUUGGUGCCAGCUUUGGUCAGAAGCACUCAUUGCUGUAGUGCUAGGAGGCUAUUUUUUAUUGAUGGGUAGUAAAAUCAUGAAUAUAACUCAUAAAUUUUAGGGCUAAUGACUUUGGCCUGCAAACAAAAUCACUUUUACCACAUCGUUUUACACAUGUAGAUCCACUAGGGUAACGUGCAAUGUCUAUUUUUUGGUUGAAGGGGAAAUUAUUAUAGUAUUUAUUACCAUAGAAAUCAUUUUCUGUACAGAGUAUAUAAUUAAAAAGCAAAUUCAGAGUUUUAGUGCUUUCCAGAAGUCUAAGAAAUGACUUUAAAGUGAGCUUCGCCCUGCAGCUUUGUGGUAAAACGAGCAUCACCCCAAGGGCAGCUCAGACAUUCAGAUACUUAUACGCACCUUUGUAACCAGACAGGCAGCAAAGUGAGCAUUAGAGCAGCACUUUAUGUCCAGCUGGCAGACUGCUAAUAAUCCAAGCUGUAUUUACCUGAACGUAUAUCUGACAGAGCUGUUUUAGAAUAAAAUGUGCAAUCAAUGUAGAAUCUUCAGCCUGAACUCUGUAGAAGCUGAUUGUGGGUCGAGGCAAUUAAAGGGAAAGUGCAAAUAAUGUGCAGACGACGGGUAAGAUUAUUCUGUGGAGGGUUGUUUAAGUGGAAUAUUGUAUUUUGCAUUAUAUUUUUCACAAAGGGAGAAAUCGCUACGUAAAAUGGGAGAAAAUCGUCUACGUACUGUGGAGUGUCUUUCCAAAGUGCAUGCAUGCUGUGCUUUUAUUUUGAAAUUAUGUUGAAAUGUUGGUUUUUCACAUAGACUGUAUAUAAAGAUGGACGUAGCAUCUGGCUCCAGAAUUGAAGCCCACCCAGAAGUGUCAAAAACUUGCAAUAUCACGCCGUCCACUAGGGUUGGCUCCAAAAAGCUUUUGCUCCAUAGACCCCAAUUCAUUUUUGGAAAAAAUAAAAUUUGAUAGACUGAUGUUCUACAGCUCAGGAUUUUUUUCCCGUUAGUUUUCAUGGUCAAAAUGAGAGAUCAGGUGGCCGAUCUUAAAAUAAAUCAAUACUGAAUUUUAAAUAAAUCGUUAAAGUUGGCGGAGCCAGGGGGCGUGGCUAUACUUGAUAGACAGCAACAGAAGCCUCUGCUGUAAAACGUGGGCGGGAUAAGAGAGUCCUCAGCCAAUCCUGCCCCUCGUUGCUCUCCGGUCCAGUCUGUUUGAUGAUGCUUUUUACUUCACUGGCUCCAAAAAAUCCAAAACGGCGACCAGGAAGUAGCAAAAUCCGGGCUGAAACCAACGGGUGACAUCACGGUUAGUUUACGCCUGGUUUUUCAGUUAAUUUAGAUGUUUAGACAGAAGCUGUUUGAGAAGGACAGACUGAGCUUCUAGUUCUACAAACAAUAUUUGAGAAACCUGAAGAGCUUUUGCGUUGAACAUCCGACAUCAUGCCUUGGAUUUUAUUGAAUUUAUUCGUCUUUUAAAGUCCGCAGGCUGAUCAUGUAAUGUUGUUUUACUCUGGGAAUGUACAGAAAAUGGGCUUUAUUUGAGCUGGAUAGAUUUAUUUCUGCAGAAAAACUUAGAAACUGGCCAAGAAAGAGCUAAAGUACAAUCUGCCUGCUGCUUUUCUCAUGAGAUUAAUCUGCUAGUUUGUCCUAAUUACGUUUCACUGUCAUCCCAUCUGAAGAAUAUCUCUAAAAAUCCUUUAAAUGAAAGCUCAAAUGCACUGACGCAUCGUUAUAUUAAUACUAUAUUUUUGUUAUUACAUAGCCUCUAUUGCUUCAUGCUCCACGUCUAAAUAAUAAAAUCUAAAAUGAUGCUGUUUUCUUUGACAGCAGCUUUGCCAAACUUUAUGUUCCAACAUGAAAAUAGAAAUUUAAAAGUGUCUGUAGGAUCUCAAGGUCAGGCUGCGUCCGGUGAGUUUAGCCACGUGUAGCAUCGCAGGUUUAUGUAUCCAAACACUGUACAGAACGUGUGUGGUGUAAACGUGAACGGCACAAAAUCUAUUUUCUAUAUUCUGUCGUGUAUGCUUGGAUUACUGUCGUAUCUUGAAAAAAAUGUUAUUUUCACCCAUGCUGCACAUUGAGAACAUAUUUAUUUCUGUAUUUUCUUGUGUUAUUUAUGGACAAAUGUCAUUUUAAUAAGUCACUUUGCUGCUGUUUGUUGUUGUGGAGGCUUGUUCGGGUGAAUAUUUCUCACAGUGAGGCUCUCGGCUGUGUUGUGUUUUGCUGUAUUGCUGUGCUGUGUUUGCACUGAGGGAGGUUGGCGGUUUUCACUCCUCCCUGCCGGUGUUCGGUGUCGUGUUCGGUCUCUCCUGUAAAGGUCCGGCUUCUGUCUGUGCUUCACCUUCACCAUGACACUAACACCUACCUUUUUCCAAACCUGAGUCUAACAUGGAGUUAAAAUGCUUUCUGUUACGCACCUCUGCCUUUUGUGAUGUCACAGUUUCAAAUACCUCCGAGAUUCGUGCUGUUCUUUUAUCUGAGGUCCCUGGAGAAGAACUUAAGAUUGGAUUUUGGUGUUCCCACAUCCAAAACUGCAGUCACAUUUCAAGUUUUUCCCCUCUGGUUCAAACUACGGCUGCACAAUAUCUGGUUUCAACUUGUGAGGACAAAUCAUUCAAGCACAUCAUUAGUUUUUGCUGCUUGAUAACAUAAGAAAACUUUUCUCAGUUUGUAUCACUCAACUGCAAGAGAAGUCUGUUUAAUAGAACAUAGUCUGUUCUAAUUUGAGGGUUUUUGGAUCUUAAAUUACAGAUACACACUUUGUAGACAGCAAAAUGAGCGAGAAACGGGAAUGGAACUCUGAAAAGGGAGAUUUUGUUACAGAAAGGAAAUGCAGCGUCAGUUAUUUGAGCAUUUAAAUCAUCACAAAGCUCUAUAUGAUGAGUGCAAAACCACAUCUGAAUGCCUUUGUCAGUGUUUUUCUGGCUUUUUUGAGAUGAUUUUUACUUUCUAUGUAGAUGCACUGCCUUCCGAAAUCACUUUAGAAUGUAGGGCUGGACCCGAAUAUCCCGAAUAUUCGAAUAUUCGUUUGCUACGGCGGUAUCUGGAUAUUGCCCCCCUGUUGGACGUUACGGGGCGAAACGAAUAUUCGGAUAUUCGCCUUUAAUAGGGCCCGAAUAUCAGGAGACCAGAAACCAACUAUUCGGGCCAGCCCUAUUAGAAUGAUCAACUCCUUCCACAUACUUAUUCAAGGCAUCUGCUGAAAAUCCCUCUACUUUUUCAUUUUUUAACAUACGGUAUAUAUCGCAGGAAAACAAAACAUCACAUCAGUAUUUUUCCACUAUUGUGCAGCUGUUGUUGAAACCAUCUUUCCAAAGCAAAUGUUACCAAAACUGCCCAUUUACUAGUGAGUCAGGGACUGCAAGUAAAGCCGUGUUUGCACUUUGGACAAGAGAAAAAAAACAUCCACUCGACUGCAGCGCAUCACAAAAGCACGUGAAAGGAUUUAAAAAUGAACCUGUGGACCCACCAUGGCCGUCUACUUUCUGCACCAAACCCUCCACUUACUGUACAAAGACAGAGUAGAGUUCUAAGUAUUACCCUGUAAAUAUGUAUUUUUUAAAAAGAGUACUAUUUAUAUGUUGGCUUUCACGGUCACACACGUGUUUUUUUUUUUUGUUUGUUUUUACUUUGCGUGUUGGGGUGCACAUUGUGGUUUUCUGUCUGUUUUCAUUUCUCUCAGUCGCUGCCGUGCGUUUUCAUCCGUGUGCCUCGUUCCGAUUGUAGUUUGGUCGCGGUUUUCUGUUGUGAGAUUCAGGAAAACUGGCCGUGACGACAUUGCCGUGGCAACCGCUGCCGUCGGUUACUACCGGGUUGCGUUACCUAGCAACAGUCGAGGAGUAAAUUCCAAACGGGUGCAUUUUUACUGACAAAUUUCGACCCGACAGCAGCUGAAAUUUACGUCGUUAAAUACAAAUUCCAAUGAUGACGCUGCUGCCUUUUUUUACUUCAAGGUUUCUCAGUAAAAAAUCCAAACUGCAUCGAAUCGGCAGCUUUGGCGUUCAUCAUAAAAUGUCACAGAUUUGGAUGUAAUAAUGAUAUUAAUGCGCUUGUACUGCUGUCUUUUGUUGUGUCUGUGUUCCUGCUGUGUAAAUAGAUCUUUGAGUAUCAUGUACUGUAAGUCGGCUCUUCGUGCCUCACUCGUGUUUAGACUGUUAAUCAGUGUGUGUGUUUGUGAGAAAGCUUCCCUUCGCUUCUGUGUGUGAGGCGUGUCAGAAAUCCCUCAUCAGGUCAUUCACACUGAGGUUUUUUUUUUUUUUAUCUUAAAGUAACUUAAAUCAGAGAGAAAAAGGGAGAAUUUUCCAGGACUUCCUCGUGCUUUUCAUUUACAUCUGCAGUUUGUAUGUUUGAAUUAAAGUGAAUUGUUGUGAUUAAAGUGCAGCGACUGCAGUCACAACAGCCACCGUCUGUAUGUUUUGCUGUUUUGCUGCAGCGUAAAUAAGCCUAAAUCAAUUUCCAUGAUGUUUGGGGGCUUUAGUUGCACCAUUAAUCGGUUUAGAAAUAAACUGAGGAGGCGAUUCUGCAGGAAUAUCUGAGAUUUAUAACAUUUCUCUGUGCCACAGCAGUGAUGCACCCCGGCUCAUUUUUCUUUGUACUGUACAUAGCAGAUAAAAUGUUGUUGAAUAAAAUAUUCAUCAUGUAACUGCAAA